AUGAUGCUGGUUAGAUAUACAAGGAUAGCAAUUAUUGGGGGUGGCCCUGCUGGACUUGCGGCUGCUAAAUCGUUUGGAUUACUGCCUACUAAUUUUGAAGUUGAUUUGUUCGAACGAAAUGACAACUUAGGAGGAGUGUGGUUGUAUACUGGAAAAAAGCCAAACGGAUUGAAAGAAAUCAAAGAUAUUAAUAAUCCAUCAGUUGGUAGAAAUGAAUUAUUCUCGCCAAUGUAUAAGUAUUUGGAGACAAAUAUUACAGGAAAGCUAAUGCAAUAUGCCAACAGUACUUUUCCACCUGAUGCUUUUGUAUAUCCUACUAGACAAGAAGUUUUCCAAUAUUUACAAGAAUACUCUAAUACGAUCCCACAAAGUACAAAAAUUCAUUUGAAUUCUAAUGUUCUCUCAUUGACUAAAAAAAACUCGAUAUGGGAAGUACAGGUAGAAAAUUUGAAGGAUAAAAAGACAUCGAUAAAACAAUACGAUGCCAUUGUUCUUGCCAAUGGGCAUUUCGAAGUACCUUUUAUUCCAAGAGUCAACGGCCUAAACUCUUGGCACAUAAAGCUGCCUCUGUCGAUAACCCAUGCAAAGUAUUUUACUGACCCGAAUGACUUUGCCAACAAGAAUGUUCUUGUUGUUGGAAGUUCAUCUAGUGGUACGGACAUUGCAAUACAAUUGACUGUCAGGUGCAAUAAGGUAUAUGUUUCCAAUAGGUCUAAUUCUCUUGGGCCCGAAUUUAAAAACCUUCGUGCUAAGGUUAUUGGACUUAUAACGAAAUAUGAUUUUGACAACAAUAGAUCUGUAACCACUGCGGAAGGUGAAACUGUAAGUGAUAUUGAUGCCGUGAUUUUUUGUACCGGUUACAGAUAUGACUUUCCGUUCUUAAAGAGUUAUAUGGAUGACGGUUCUAUUAUAGACGCUGAAGGAACUAUGGUUCAUAAUAUUUACAAGCAAAUGUUUUAUAUCCCAGAUCCGUCCUUGGCCUUUUUCGCGUUACCAAAACAGAUUGUUCCUAUGCCACUAGCUGAAUCGCAGGCUGCUGUUUUGUCCAGAGUCUUCAGCGGCAAGAUGGAGCUACCAGAUAAAGAAACUAUGAUCUCUGAAUAUUCAAAGGAGCUCGAAAUGAAAGGUAAGGAAUUCCACAACCUAAAAUUCCCUGCUGAUGCAGACUAUUGUAAAUCAUUACAAGAAUGGAUUGACCUGAACAAUCUUACCAAUUAUGGUCUACAUGCGCCUACUUGGGAUAAGGAAAAAUAUGAAGAUAGGAGUAUAUCAGGUUCAAUGAAAUCAGAUAGAAUAUCCGAGGUCAUUGAACAUGCCAAUACUUUAAGAGAUAAAGGCGAAGGUUUCAGAUUGUUACGAUGA